AUGUCGACCCCCGUCGCAUCCAGCUUGAGCGUCCCGACUACGCAGAACACCGCGCCCGUGAUCAAGUUCCGAUGCCUGUUCACCCAUGAUAUGCGGCGCAAAGCCAAACGCUGGCAGGAUGGAUAUCUGAGGUUUCACACGUUCAAUAAGCGGGCUAUGGUUUACGAUACUACGGGCAACUUCGUUGGAGACCUGCAUUGGCGCCAUGAGGAAAGCAUUCAGGACGGCGAUGAGUUGGAGCUGGACCGAGGCGUGAUAAUCCAGGUCUGCGAGCCAAUGGAGAAAACGGAGACAGAUCUCUCGGCUCUCUACGCGAAGAAGUCUAGUCAAGGAUCUCCGUCACGUCCGGCAGGUCCGCCGACCCCCUCCGUUCGCUCGUCCACCCCCUUACGAUCGUCGCUCUCCUCGCAACCGUCGCGGUCGUUAAAUGACCUGCUGGGGAUCAAGAAGACCCCGAUCGCGCAUCUAGUUUCUCCCCACGAAGGUAGAACCCCGCCAAGGCCACAGAAGGUUGAUCAACAAGUGUCUCAGCCAGCUCCAAAGCGCCAAAAGACGGCUUGCUCCGACAGUCGACCGCGCGAGUCACUGCCUAAUGCUUCACGUCCAGAUCAUCCUGAGGUCAUCGACCUAUCCGACCCACUCGACACUACAGAGCAGGACCCAGCGUCGCAACACGGCCCCUCUCACGUUGGGAAACCGCGGAAGGAUCCGAAUCCCUCCAGAGUCAAGUCCAGUUCUUUGUCGACGUCCGCUCCCAAGCCGAGAGACACCGCCGAGACCCUUGGGAUUGAGAGACCCCAGUCAGCUACUGGUAACGUUUCAAAGGCUUCAUCACGGAUUCCGCCAGACAAACCUGUUAACAAGCUACGUCUGUCAAACGAAAAGCCGCGUAAAAAGUUGAUGUACAGCGCGCUUUUGCCUACCCAGGCAUCCUCGAAAGCGCCCACCACGGCAGCGGUAUCGGCAAGGACAAAUGGGCUCGCGUGGGGCAAGUCGCAAAAUGCCCCAGCACCGAGCGCCGAUCGCAUUGCGACAAACUUUGAUUUCACACCAUCCGCCUCCACGCAGUUUGUCCUUGAUGAAAUGAUUGAUGACUCGGUACAAUCCAAGACCACGACUCCCUCAAAAUCUACAUCCUCUGGACCAUCGGCACCAUCUCCAUUGCUUUCAGCCGCAGUCUGUCACAGUGCUCAGGCACAGGGUCUCCCGCCGAGCAGAUCUCUGACCGGACUUCGCAAAUCGUAUUCAGAUCCUACCACAUUAACAAGCGCUAGCUUUCAACGUCGAACGGCCUGCUCCAAAAGUCCAUUAAACCAGCACAAUGAUGAUACCAACCACGAGCAAGGUCCAUGGACGACCGAAGCUCUCGAUCUUUUUGAUUUCUGGCCGCCGGGACGUCCCAAGCCCGGCUAG